AUGUCACUGUCGCUACCCAAAGUCUUCAAUCAUUACACACUGAUCGCGCUAUGCACAUUAGCGUUGGUUUACCACUUUCUCUCCAUACAUGACCACUUCACUGUCCGUGCGCCGGGUACGCCCGCGAUAGCGCAGCCACCGCAGAACGGCGGGUUUCCUAAACGCAUUUGGUACAAGUUGGGCCCCAAUGGCCUUUCUGAAGAGACGCGAGCUUGGACCGACAGCUGUGUGAAGAGCAAUCCUGACUACCAAGCACACUUCUUGACGGACGACGACGGCGAUGAGUACGUUCGUAAGACCUUUGCGGAAUCCCGACCGGAUAUCGUCGACGCCUACCUCGCGUUACCCGUCCCUAUUUACAAAGCCGACAUGCUGCGAUACGUAUUGCUGUGGAACGAAGGUGGAAUCUGGUCCGACCUAGACGUCUCUUGCGAAGAAGGCAUAUCCAUGGACGAAUGGGUGCCAGCCGCAUACGAGGGUAUCGCUUCGCUAGUAGUAGGCUGGGAGUUCGAUCAAGGCUGGCCCGGCGAAUAUGUCCGCGAAUUCGCCAGCUGGACUAUAAUGGCUAAACCGCGAUCGCCACACAUGAUGCAGGUCAUCGACGAUAUCCUUCAGACACUGCGAGACAAGACGGCGGAGCUCAACAUCCCGAUCCAGAACGCGACCAUGGAUAUCAUGGGGGAUGUUGUUGAUUUUACGGGUCCCCGGCGCUUGACGCGCAGUGUUUAUACGAGCUUGGGGAAGAUACUUGAUAGGGAGAUUGACGCGCGCGAUAUGAUGGAGCUUGUGCAGCCGAAGCUGGUGGGCGAUGUCUUGGUCAUGCCGGGUCGGUCGUUUGCUGCGUCGGCGAAUACAUAUAAAGAGGAAGAAGAAGAGCUUUUGCCGCCAAAGCUGGUUACGCAUCAUUAUGCUGGGACUUGGAAGAACGACAACGGGGGCGAGCAAUAG